CUCCCCCUCCUCUCUGAACAUGUGAGUGGGGAUGGAUGGCGCACAGGCCCGUCUGAACGGACAGUAACGCACAAGGACGCGGACUCUACAUUGAAGCCUAUGGAACUCUAUGAUGUCCCUGCUCAAUAGCAUAUGUCCAGAUGCCUGGUUUUCUCACAGCCAGUCUCUGAAGCCCAGUCAUUGAAGUGCACACACACUCACUCUUCCUGCUCUGAAUGUAGCCACCAGAAUAAGAGUCCAACUUCCCCCUUUUGAAAUGGAGGAUGAAGAUGGCACUUGUUUACUUGAUGUUUUGUGCGACCCCAUAGCUCUGAAUGAUUUUCUUUAUGGGACUACUGAGCUGCCAAGUGGAGACUUACUCAUUAAUUCAUCCUCUGGAGAGCCAUCACUCUUGACAGACACUCCAAGCCCAGCCUCUCUAGCAGAUGAUGAUAAUUCUCAGGACAUGCCUUUCUCUGGCUGUGUGGAUCUCUCCUUUCUGGAGGAGGCACUGCUGGCAUCACCAGAAGGAUGUGGAGGUCCAGAAGAGGCGCAAGAAGCUCCCACUGUCCAAUCAGUGGAACCACAGCAGAAAGCGAUCUUUGACAUCCUCCAGCAGAGUCUCCAAGAGGCAGACAUCACUGAGCACACUCUAGCAUUAGAAGCUGGACUUGCCCAGACAGCAGAAACUUUCCAAUUUGGUUUAUCUGAUGCAUCACUCCCUUUGCCUGCAGCACCAUAUUUAUCCAGACCACUGACCAUCCCUGGUUUGGUCUCUUUACCAAAGGACACUCAAAUAGCAGUGGAGCCUCCUCAGCCAUCUUUGUUAGCUGUUGGCCCAGGUUGCCCCUCACUAAAACCCACAGGAACCCAGUUAAUGAAUCUGCUUCCUGGGAAUGUCUUCCCUACACCUACAACAGAGACAUCCUUUUCUUUUAAUUUAGCACAAGGCUCCAGGAUGAACAUCCAGAAGACCCUGCAAAACUUUGCAGGCAGCCAGAUGUUGGCCUCAACAGUUAGAACAAUAGCUCCUCCAGGGGCCAUGCUACAGAAAACACCUUUGCCUAUUCAGCCUAAGUUACAAGUCAACAUCCAGCCUAGACUAGUACAGAUCAGUCCUAAGCCAGCAGGACAGAAACAAUUGUCAGAACUUACUUUCAUCCCAGCAAAUACAUCCCAGAAUGUAUUGUCCCCUUCUGUACAUUCAAAGCAGUCAUUUCCACCACAAGGAGGGAAACCUGUUAGCCUACAUGUGGUCAGUCAUGGAGGCUCCAUUGUCAUUCAGCCGCAAGGUCCUUUUCAGGGCCAAAGACAGUUCUUUCUCCCAAGCCAAACUCCUGAAACAAUGACCCAGUCUACCAGCACUCCAGGGUGUCCUCUUAUUACACCAAGCAAUCAGAUGUUUAACAAACCCAGUGAGGGGCAUCUUGUUGACAGUUCUCAUAUUGUGACUGUAUGCCCAAGGCAAAUUAAUUUCAGCCCUAUUUUCACCUCUCCAACUGGACAACUCACCCUUAAACAAGGGGCUCUACUGUCAAGGUCCCUGCCAAUUCAAUCAACACACCAUACAGUCUUCCAGGUACCAGCACAGCUAGCAGGGACCUAUCCAUCUCAAGUGCAGAGACAGCAUGGUUCUGUAGUUCAAAGCCAAACUGUAGGGAAGCAGAUUAAAUUAAUUAAUAAUGCUAGUAUGUUCAUCCCUGAUAUGAUGACCAUACCAAUCAUAAAUGGAAAGCCAGUGAAACAAGGUUUACCCUUGGUGCCUCCAACCCAGAGAUCAGUUGCAGGGGUACCCGAACUGAAGCUGACUCUUACACAGAGUUCAAUGCUUCUCUUGCAUGAGAGAACAACAGCAGAUGGGGGGAAAGCCAGUGAACCACAAGAGAGCAGAAUGCUUCCCCCAACUUCAGUGGAAGCACAGAGUUUGGAAAUUCACUCUCAGCCCUCUCCAGCUACAACUCUACAGUCAUCACCAAAUCUUACUUGUGCCCCUCAGCCAGUUUUAUCAUUAUCCCCAAAACUGAUCACCAAAAUGGAAGAACAACAAUUAUUGGAAGGAGAGCAAAACCUAUUACCUCAUAAUCAGGGUUUAACACACCAUUCUCAACAGCAUGCACAUAAACCAUCAGUCACCCAUGAGUCCUUGGAAGGAACUCUGCUCAUGCAAAUGGACAACCACAUCUCUCCAGUCUUUGUUGACUUUUCACCCACACGUUUAGCUGCAUCUGAGACUUUCUCAGACUUAUUUUCUGAGUGUGAAGAUAUACCUAUGCCAGUGUAUCCUGGUUCAGAGCACAGUGAAAUACUGUUGUCACCUCCACUUGGCCAGUGCUCUUUAAGGACCACAGGCACAGCCUCCAUCACAGGUUCCACAACCCCAGUGUCAGAUAAGCAGCAUCUGGAUCAAUCUGUGUCAAUUGCUCUUGUUGCUGACCCCCAGGGUGAGGAGGGGCCAGAUAAGUGUCAGAGCCCAUCCUCUUCUUCAGAGGAGUUGUUUGUGUCUCAGGAGCAGCUGGAACAAACUCGUGUUUUAACAGAGCUCAGUGGAACCCUAGAAUCGACAGCAAAGGAGUAUCAGCAGAGCAGUGAAUCAGACAAGGAGCUCACAGUCCAUUGUGUGACAACCAACAGUGGGAUUAUCUCUUUGGACCAGCAUAAGUUACAGGAAAUAAUGUCUAGGCUACCAUCUCAGGGCAUAGACACCUACUCAGCACUUCAGAAGGUGGUCCAGACACCCUUUGAGGGUGAGAAAGAGGAGGAACUUACACUGGCAAAAAGGCAACACAGGGUGAAACAGCAGCUGUUUUUAGACCACAGUGCUGUCCUCAACCCAAACACUUCGGUUCCAUAUGUUUCAGUAGAGGAUGCUGUUAGGCAUUUGUUGCCCUACCAUACUUGUGCUAGAGCCCUGCCUAGCCAGGCUGACAUUAUCUCAGUGGACAAGCAGUUUGAGUGUAUUUCAGUGCUGCUGUUCAAACAAAUUACAGACAUGCUGAACAAGUACAGGCAGCUUCUUCUGGCUGAAUCUCAGCAGGAGAGUCCUUCAGCAGAGAUGGUGAUGCUAGAGCGUUUGUUUCUGCAGUCAGAGAGACUCUUGCUGGGGGAGGAUAGACGCAAAGCCAGGAGAGAUCCAGCAGAGUCCUUCCUGAUGUCCUGGCAUAUGAACUCAUCUCAACAUAGCACGGUGUCGUCAGUCCAGGCUGGACAUUCUAGUUGUCCUUCAUCACCACCAUCGUGGGCCUUGCAAUCUGACAGACCUCCUGGCCUGAGGACAUACCGCUCCAGCAGCAAAGGAGCACUUCGCCUCACCAUCAAACAUGAAUCAGGAUCUCGCAAGGUCAUCCACAACUCUGCUUGUGAUGUUUCACAUGGCGUCUCUGGCUACAAACGAAACUACUGUGGGCAGUUAACUAAUGGAGACAUGAAGGGGAAAGAGGAAUCCAUCAAGCUUCCUUUGUCAAAUGCUCAAGAUAUCGAAAAUGGUCUGAGGUCAGAUCAGCUACCCAAGGUGAGAUUGAACCCUGACAUGGAAACAAGUUGGACAGGUAAUGAAUUGCAGAACCUUUCAGAUUCUGUGGCCAGGCCAGACUAUGUAACUCCAAGUGUAGACAGCUUACUUCCAGAGCAGUGCACUCCAGUGCUGAAAAGGAACAAGCUGUCUGAUUUAGAGGUGGAGCCUUCAAGUUUGCCUGCCCUGGUGAAGGACGGAGAACUGAGUGGACACCUGCAAAGUGCUAUAGACAGCAUCCUGGAGCUGCAAAGGCUGCAGGGUUCUCCUGCAGAGGUUAAACCCAAGAUUCAAAAGCCCCAUGCACUGGAUCAGGCUUUCAGUAGCAUGCUUGAAGGACAGCUAUGAGAUGCAGAAGAAUGCUAGAUGAAAGGAAAAGCCUCAGAAUUCACCAGUCUUUCCUUUAUCUGAAUAUACAGCCCACACAUCAUGUAAACCUCAUCCAGCAGAGACUAAUUUUAUUUAUAAAAUUUUCUGAAGAAAUAUAAUUGGACAUGAAAUAUGUUUUGGGUCAUUGAUAUGGUCAUUAUUAUUGUGUAAAUAAUUUAGCAAAUUUGUUUGUGAAUAUUUAUUUGAUACAUGACAUUAUAUUACAGUCUUCUAUCAGUUUGUUACUAAGAGAGCCUCAACUCACAAG